UUAGUUAGUGGUUAGUCAUCCAAUUUGUUAAAAUUAACACAGUUAAAUAACGCCCAACUCGUAAGUUAUAAAUUUCCACGCAAGUAUUUAAUAAAGAAAUUAGAACCCUUUUGGUAACUAUUUGCCAUUCAUGUCAAUACUGAACUGCCAAUGUCAAUAUAGCCUACCGUAUACUACGCCGGUAAUCUCUUACUCUUACUUAGUCUUGUGACUUAUGAAGUCAAUUCAAAUUCAAUCAUCAUUUUUUUUUCAAUCUGUGCAAUCAAAUAGUGAAUAGCAAAACGUAUUAACUUAUAUUCAUUAUUAUUUAAAGACACAUCUAUUUCGCAAACACCUUCUGGGAUGAUUGUCAACAUUAUUUUCCAGUUAAUGCAUAAUGGCUGUGUUGCUUAUGGUUGAAAUGGCUAGAAAGACUUUGCCAUUGUAUGCUUGUACUUAGUUUUUGUCGUGUUGCGUUUGUUUUAAAUGUGGUAAACUAUAGAUUUGUUUUUUGUUGACUUUGUACCGCGCUUCGAGCCUUUGGGGAUGAAGCGUGUUUUUGAAAUGAACUUUAUUAUUAUUAUUAUUAUUUGAAGGAUGUUAAGUCAAAUACGCUCUGUUUGUCCCAAAACAAAAACUAUUAGUAUUAGACCUAGUAAUUACUAAUAAUAAUAAGUAGUUAAAACGGUGAACAAUUUUUACACUCCAUUAAUUAUUAAUAUUAAUUCAUUAUCAUUAAUUGUUUUAUUUGUUAUUUUGCCAUCAAAUUCCAAUGAGUAUUUUGUCAAUAUUUUAAUUUAUGGCAUGGGUAAAUUAAUGUUAUAACAAGUUAUAUUGUUCGUCCUUCCGCCAUGCUAGAAUGUCCACAAUGUCCACAAGGCUAUUAUAAUUAUAUUAGUUGUUACACAGUGACAGUGAGAGUAUUCAGGUGGCCUGUCAGUUCUAUUUGUGCCUGAAAAUCUUUCCCAUAUGUGGAACACACAUUGUUUUAAGUCCUAGUAGGAUUUGAAUAAUUUGAGUUUGAGUCAAUUCUACUUUUCCUUGCAAUGCGUUUUCUCUAGGAGUGAGUGAUGUACUUAUACUAAUUCUCUGAGGAUUGUGCUCAUUUGGCUUGUCCUUUUGUAGGAACCUGUGGAUGCUGAUAAAAUCAGACCGUUUUAGGACCUCUGUAUAGGGACUCGAUCCUGCUACCUUAUGCCAAGAAGUUUAUGUAGGCAGUAUAGGUGGAGAUGGCUUAGCUAUCUAGCAUGUCUGCUGUAUACUUUCAAUUUCUCUCUAGCAUACAGAAGAGAUGUUAAGACGAAUGCCCUAUACUAUAUUUUAUAUAUACUUUCAGCUUAGUGACAAGAAUGAGAUACUUUUGCUCCCAAACACUCUUGCUGAGCCUUCCCAAUGUAACAUCUGCUUAGGAAAUUCAGUUAUUGAUCAUUGUAAUGUACGAGUACAGGGAAAAUGCAACAAAAAAAAAUUGAAUCCCUUUGAAAAUAACAAAAAUAUAAGACAAAUGGCAAAUGGAAAUAAAAAAAUACUUGUUCUUAAUUUUAAAAUACUUAAUUAAGUUAAUAAUGAUUACUCCUGCACUAAAAUAAGAGAUUACGACCUUCUACUUCACUUUUCUGUACACUCACACUGUACUUUGUAUUCAUACUUUGUAUUCAUUCUGCCUAUACUCUAAGUUGGGUUAUGACUAUAGAUAGGCUAUGGCUAUGAUAUUAUAUAUUGCCUAAAGCUAUGCCUAUGCCUCUAGUCACUGUAGUAGGUACUACAAAAACUCAAUCAUGCAUACAUUCUGUGCCCAUCGAAAACUAAUGCAAAAACUUUUGUGGCAAUAUAUAUUAUCUGGCUAAUAAAUUAUUUUGCAUCAGUGAUGUAGAGCACAUAUAGAAAAAUGUGAGCCUCACUGAUAAGAAAUGUUUACUGAUGUAAACCUAUAAAUUUAUUUUAAAAUAAAUUGCUUGGCAAUGCUAGAAAAGACUGUUUAAAAUAAAUGUAAAAGUUAACAAAAAUUGUUUUUUGUGUGUGUUGAUUAUUAGCUUAUUACUACACAAUAACAAAUGUAUUCCACUUGGUAAGUUUUAUUCUACAAUGUUUAAUCUCUAGGCCAUAAUAGACUAUAAUUAAAUUUGCUAAAAAAUAUGGUAGGCCUAUAGAUACUAUAAUACAUAUAGCAUUAUUUUUUCCUCUAAAAUUAACUCUUAUUUUCAUUAUUGAUUAAUUAACUAUUGAGUUACUAUGAUAACUUAAAAAUCAGCAUCAGUAUCAUCCAAUUAUGGCUUUAGUAGGUCUUCUUAUUUUUCUAAGUUUAGGAACUUUAUGCAUAAGACUGUGACAAGUUGGCAUCAGUUUCAACCAGUGAUUUUUUAAUUUAUUUUUGUAAGAAAACUUAUAUUUUUUAUAUAAAAAAAUAUAUUGUCAAAUCAUUUUAAUUAAAUCCACUGAAAAUAAGUGCUUUAAUACCAUUCCACCAUGCUCUAGGACUAUGACAAAGCAAUCAUUUUUUUUUUAAACCUCUCCAUUAAUUAAUUAUGUUAUGGUGGUUCAGAUUGUAUAGGGCUAAAUUAAAAUUAUUUUAUUUUAAGCACAUUAUUGAGAUUGAAUUUUUAAAAACAUUUUUGGAUAUUAUUGCAGGCCUUUCAUAUAAAGGUAGCAUUAGCAUGUCUAUCAAUAUCCUAAUUAAAAAUACAUUUGUAAAUACCUUUACAAAAUUGUUUUUGUGUAUCUUUUGAAAAUUAAAUAAAGUUAAUUUUGGUCUGUUUUAAAUAAAAACACUUCAUUCAUAAGUAACAAUUUUUUUAAAUGUAUACAGUUAGGUUUCUAGCUUAUUUUUGUUAUCAGUAAUUAUAUGGAGACACUGUCAUACAAUUUGUCAAUUUGCUUGAAAAAUGAGUUUCUUACCAGACAUAUAGUAAUUUUAUAGAUUAAAUUAAGUCUUUGUGGAGUCCCUCCAGUUAUAGCAGAAAUGUUUUUUUCAAGUUUUCUCUACAUAUUUUACUAUCCGUCUGUGUAGCCACAAUUAAAUUUGUAAGCUAACUUGUCCAGAAUUAGUAGCAGAAGGGUUUUAAAGUCAGCCUUCAUAAAAUUUGAACAAAAAUUGAAUACAUGUACUAAAUUCUUCUUAAUAGUUUUUACUAAGAAAUGAAAUUGUGCUAUGCAUCAUAUAUUUUUAGGCACCUGGUCUUUAUAUUGCCAUCCAAUAAACUUGUGUAGGUAUCUUAUAAAUCUUAGGUUUGAAUAAUGGCACAGCAGCCCUAUCCUCAGGCUGGAAUAUAUCCACCAGUUAGUGGACCCCCUCCACCAUACACUGAAGCUCCACAACCAGUUCCUCAACCUGCAGCUCCUCAACCUGCAGCUCCUGCACCUCAACCUGUAAGUUUCACUUAUUUUAUAUUUUUCCUAUCUAUUUACAUUGCUUUUUAACUUCAUUUCUAUUUACUCGAGUGAUGGUUAUGCAUUUGUUUGUCUAUAUAUCUUUAGUCAAAAUUUAUCCAAGUUCCAGUUAUCUUGGAGAGCUGAAAAUCAUUUCAAAGUUUGCAAAUUAGCUUUGCCAAUUUCAAAACAUAAGUGUUUAAAAUGUUUAAACUGAGUAUGAAUCAACAUAACUACUAAUGUAGUGCAGUGCCUUAAAAACGGGUAAUAACUUCAAGUAAAUUAAAUGGCACUUUUCACAGGUGGUUAGCCAAGGGCUGAUAAUGUAAAUAUUGUGGGCUACAUUUUCAUUCAGGCCAAUUCUUUUUAAAAUUUGUGACUCAACAACUUCAAUGAGUAUGAGAUUUCCUUAAUUGAAAAGCAACAUUUAUGGUGAGACAUUAUAAAAGAAGACCCCCCCCCCCCACCACCCUUGUUUUUUUUCUUGUACUUAUAAUUAAAUUAAAUCAUGUGUUACAUUAUACUUAAUUUCCUUAAUUGAAAAGCAACAUUUAUGGUGAGACAUUAUAAAAGAAGACCCCCCCCCCCACCACCCUUGUUUUUUUUCUUGUACUUAUAAUUAAAUUAAAUCAUGUGUUACAUUAUACUUAAAUGUCAUUGUUGGAUGAGUAAGUUCUAAUUUCUUAUAUGUAUUAUUUAUACUUGUAAGUACAUAGAAUAAUCUGUUGAAUAAUUUUUAAUACAGUUAAAUAUAAGUAUUAUAAGCUUUAAAUCACAAAGCUUUCUGUGUUGUAUUUAACCAAUCUAAAAAACUCAUUUUUAGGAAAACAGCUAUUAUGUACAAAUAAUGUAAUUUUUUUACUGCAAUAUGUUACAUGAUCUGUCUGCUCUCAGUUAAAGUAAUAAUAGAAAUAGGUUCCUCGACAUUGUUUGGCAGAGUUGUGUUGGCUUAUUGGAAUGGAUUAUAUCUAAAUUACAUGUGUAUUGUUUAUAUUAUAAUUGUCAAAACUUUUAUUUUUCUUUUAAUUUAGACUGUACAUGUAGAACAGAAGAAGGAAAAGGUAAUAUUUUUAUUUAUUUUUCUAUUUCAGAAAUGUCUCACUUAAUAAACCUUAGGCAUUUGAUAACAAAAAAAAAAACUUAGGUAUUUGAUGAUAUAAAUUUGAGGACAAAUAAAACCUUAAGUAUUUGAUGGACAAAUAAAGCUUUAAGCAUUUUGGAAAAAUAAAACUGUAGACAUUUUUGGACAAAUAAAACUUUAGGCAUUUUUGGACAAAUAAAACCUAAGGAAUUUGUGGACAUAUAAAACCUUGGGCAUUUGAUGACAAAUAAAACAGGCAUUUGAUGUUCAAUAAAACCUUAUGUAUUUGAUGACUAAAAAAAACUUUAGGUAUUUGAUGAUUACCAAAAAUACAGAAAACUCACUUAAAUCACAAAUAAUGAUAAUAUUUGAUUUUAAUUAAUUAAUUGUUUAGGAAAUAGAUCUAAUCCCUUUUGCUCCAAACUACUACAGUAAAGUAUAAUGUUUAAACAUGAAAUAUAUCAAGUUGUUUUAGUUUUAAUUAUUCAAACAUUAUAAAAUUAUAUGACAAAAUUUGCUUUUCACUUGAGACUCAGCCUCUAGUAAUUUACUUUGCAGACUUACAUAUUUACCUGAGAAAUUUGUUUUAAUACAUAUCUGUUUUUGCAGAAAGGGGGAUUUUUCUCCAACUUAAAAAAAGAAGCAGAGAAAGCUGGUAAAUCAUUGGGCCAUGAGCUUGACAAAGCUGGGAAAUCUAUCAACAGUGCCGUUGACAGGAACUACCAGUCUGCACUUAUGGUCAGUUGGGAAUAUAGAGCUUGAAAGAAAAUUAAUUACUGAAAAUUAAUGUCUAAUACAGUGGAACCUGUGAAUAGUGAAGCUAAUGAGCUGACUCACCCACCCCCACAAACACCACACAUGAAUUUCUAAAUAAAAAUCCCUUAAAUUAGUAUAAAUCCUGUGCAAUGGACUGUUUUAUGGAUUUAAAAAUUUGAUCAGUUUUAAGAUUGGGCUUCUUAGCUGAAUGGUACUUAAUAAAGAACUGGAAACCAGUAUACAAAGAAAAACAAUACCAAAGCUAGUGAUAUUAAAAAUAAUUAAUUUAAUUAUACUAUAAAGCUAAUACAAAAAUAAAAAAUCAAAUAUACCAGCACUGAGAAAAAAACUAUAUUGACUUACAGCACUGCAAGUGACAAAGUAUAAUACUAGAAAGGUACAAUUAUUAAUCCACACACACACAGGGUAAAAGCUUGGGUCUCUAGUCAUGUAUAUUUGGUCAGUCUGCGUAGGUCACAGUCGACUAUCUUUGUUAUAUACAGCCUAGUGUAGGGCUUGGCUUAUUAUUACAUUUUAAAAUAGAAAUUUGUAGCCACCACAACUUGUCUGCUAGUAUGACCUUGAUAUUGACAUCACCAAGUCAAUGUGCUGUGUCACUCCUUCCUUUUCCAGCCUCUUUCUUGGCUAGGAAAAGGUUGUUAACAUUUGAAGGCAUUCCAUUUAUUCUAAAAAAUGCCAUUAAGGGAAGCCAUUUCUAGAAUUUCUGCACUAGAACAUUCCGAUAUAUGUAUAGACUGCGUGCUUUCUUAGCAGCGAGACUAAGUUAGAACAAGACAGAUAGAGCAAGAGAGAGAUUUUUGCUAUAUGAGACUUUUCACUGUGUGUGUGUAAAUUAAUAUUUGUAUUUUGAGAAGUGUAUCUUUUUUCACUUGCUUUAAGAGGAUAUAGUUUUUUUUUUAUUCUGUUCUUAAAUUUUUAUUAGCGUAGAAAUGUAUUUUUAUAAUUAAAUAAAAUAUUGUCAGUAUUAGUAUCACUAGCUUUGGUAUCAUUUUCUUUGCAUACUGUUUUAUCAGUGUUUAUUAUAUAACACAAAAUUUUAAAACAGGUUAAAUCUUCAAAACCAAAACAGUACGUCACAUAGUCAUACCCCUCUGAGGGAGUCAGAACCCUCACAGAACAUAAAGUCUAGAAAUUAAACCAUCAGUGUGAGUAUUUUCCUCUAUGUAGACCUUUCUGGAAAUGUAAACAAACUUUCCCAAUCAAGUGCGGUAUGGGAAAGGAAUGGCUGUAUGUGACAUCAAGUUAUUUUGUGACAUCAGUAACAAAAAUAAAAGGAGAGUUACGGGAUGCAUGCCAUGUCUUGACACUACACAGAGUGAAAAAAAAAGGAUCUACACACAUGCUAUAACACCUGUCAAACUUGACAUAUGCAAGGGUUGGGGUGAGAAAAAAUCUUUAUUUUUCUCAUAAAUAGCACUUGCCUUGCAGUGCUUACAACAAAUUACGCCAGGUAUAGUGUGUGACAUAGAACUUUUGGUUUUGCCCCAAGUAUUCACAGGUUUGUUGCACUGCAUACUAUUUAUGAUAGGCAUCAAAAUUUAAAAGUAAUUUGAACGUAUUUUGACACUCUGACAUUACCAAAUGCAAUAGAAUCAGUGUCUCUCAAGCAUGAUGUUACUACACCCCAUAACUAAAAAAUAAAUCCAGUUCAACUAAUAUUUUUCCCUGUUUUGAAUAGUUUUAUACAAACAAGAUAUUAAAGCUUUGUAACAUGUUUAAAAAAAAAUAUUUUCAGGAUUUAUUUAAAACUGGAAAUGUUGUCCAGUUGGUCUCAAGGGUGACCGGUCGUUCCUUACAAAUAGUCAUUAAUUCCUUAGGGCAGAUGGUGCUGGAUGCUAACGGCUCACUUGAUCCUUCCGCAUUCAAUAGUAAGUUCUAAGAAAAACACCAGUAAAAUAGAAGCAAUUUGUUAAACUUAAACUAUGGAAUUGUAGUACCGGUAAAAAUAAAAAUAUUAAACUCUUCAAGCUAAGCCAAUCAAGUUUUUAGUUUCUUUUUUAAAUUCUCAAUGAAUAGGUUUUUUUUUGUUAUCUGAUUAAAAACUGUAAAAAAAAAAAAAAAAAAAAAAAAAAAAAAAAAAAAAAAAUAAAAAAAAAAAAAAAAAAAAAUUAAAGGUUUAUUCCCAAGUGGUAUAUUUCCAGUUAAAUGUAUCAUGUGAAUACUGGUUUAAAAACUGUUACAUUCUGUAUAUUACAAUGUAUAAAAACUGUUACAUUCUGUAUAUUACAAUGUAUAAUGUGAGAAAUUUAGGGUAAAAAAAGGUUAUUUAAAAUUAGUGAUUUGCAUUAUACGUACAUGUAAGACAUUAACGUUAUCUGUAAAGGAAAUGUCCCUAAUGCCCAUGCAACCAAAGCAUCUUAGCCCUCUUGCAUUUGGCUACAGAUUGUGCGUCAUGUCUGGGUUUAACACCAGUGAUGUAAAGAGUGGCCUUCUGAUAGGAUAUUACAUAAUUAUAUUGGUAUAGUCACGGUUGCUUUUAAAUGGUAUAAUUUAAAAGGCUUUUGACAUCUUUCCCUAUUAGUGAAUAUUUAUUUUGUUAUUAUGUAUUGUAGCAUCAUGGAUCAAGAUUAACAAAUCCCUGUUAGGGCUUUUUUCAUUAAAAAAAAGUUAGGCUUUUGCACUAUAAAUGGAUUCCUUUAUAAGCGGUAAUAUACAGGAGUUAAAAAAUAACAGUGAAACGAUCUCAUGUGAAAGAAGUGUAAACCAUUUGUCUAAAGGGAAAACUAGCGACUACGCUUACUCCUCCUUUCUUCAUUACAUUAAAAAAUUUAAUCAUCCCACAGCACUGUGGACGGUGACAAAUGAAGGCAGCAACCAAGUUCGUUUGCAAAACUAUCAUAACUACAUAGCUGUUGUUGAUGGCAUAACCUUAAUAAGAUCAUAUGUAAGUAAUAAUCGAGUGUUCUAAGAUAUAUUUUGUUGAGCAUAUCUAAAUAUAUUUUUUCUGACAAUAAUUUGAUUUAUUGGAACAUAUCUAAGCAGAUUUAGAGUUUUCUUUAAUUAAAUGUAUUCAUUAGAUCAUAUCUAUAUAGAAAUUGAAAGUUCAUAUUAUAGAUAGUCAAUGAAAAGAAGAGAUGUUAGUUUCAAUUAUAUAUAUUUUUCCUUUCUGGGCAAUCUUAGUAAUAAUUAAAAUGGAUUUUGAUAAUAACUUAACAUCAAACAUAUUUUUGUUUAAAUGUAAUCUGAAUUUAAUUUUUUUUUUUAAAAUUAGCUUAAAUAUAUUUAAUCUUAUUCAGCUGGUUGCAUUUUGAGGCAAAAAAAAUUCUUUUUUUAAACAUAUAUUUUAAAAUUAUUUGAUGGUAAUCACUGAUUGAUUUAUGCCCUAACUGGCAAUGUUACUAUUCCCAUCUUGUACAUUAUCUUUUGAAGCCUCCAGGCACGCCACUUGGAUUAGAUACCAAGUUUCAGUUGAGUCAAGCUCAGACCCAGUUUGUAACCCUGGAGUCGAUUAAAGAACCCCAGCGCCAUGUUGGAUUUUUGUCAAAUGGUGAACUGAAGCCAGCGUUGACCACAAUCAAGGAACCAGCAUCUCAACUUGGAGUUAAACUUUUGGUAAGGACAUGGUACUUAAUUUUCAUGUGAUUAGGACUAUGUGUGUAGAAAUCCUGAAGAAUGUUUUUUGUUUAUCACAUUAAAUAUAUAAGCGCAAAUGCCUUUAAUAUAGAUAAAAAAACAACUCACUGGUAUGAAGUUCUUUGCUAAUUAAAAGUAACUUAGUUUUAUAAAAGUGUUUUAAAAAUCAUUAAAGUUUGUUUUUAGGGGUACUCCUAAAGUUCAGUUUGUAAAUUUAUCAAAAGUAAUUUUCUUUCAAGAAAAGGAAAUCAGAACUGACUGUGUUUGGGAAUACAAUUAUAUUUUAAACAAUUUUGAAAAAAAUAAUCAAACAAGAAUUGCGUAGUUAUUAGUAUAAAAACUAUAUAGAUUCAUUGCUUUUAUUUAUUAGUUAUUAUAAUCAAGCUAUAAAAAAAAUAAAAAGAAUUGACUAGUUAUAAAUAAAAAAAAAACUAUAUAGAUUCAUUGCUUUUAUUUAUUAUUAGUUCUUAUCUAAAGUGUAAAAUUCAUUUUCAUCACAGCUCUAUACAAAUGUUAAGCCAAAAAAAUUAGUCUCCCAGUUAAACACCCCCCUCCCCCCUUUCUACUUUUUUUACAAGUCCUUGUAUUUGAAAAUUUUCAGUCCAGUGGUAUUCCAGCACCGGUAGCUACUACAGUCUCAGCACAUAAGUAAGGUCUAGCGUCAUCAUUGGUUGUUACAGUUCUUGUCAAGAAAUAUCUACAACAGAUUAUUACAGAUUGGAACUUUGAACUUAAUCUGUUUUCUGUGCAUUGACUUCAGAGCUGUUAUGAAGACUGGUACAGCUGCAUUUUUGUUGUUUUUUUGUUUUGUUCCUAUAUAAACAGUUAAACUGGAUAGUUUCUGUAUCUGCAUGUAUCAUCUUUAUCUGCAUGAUGUGCUCCUUGUGUUCAAAUUAAUACUUACCAUACGAGUCCUGUCAGCUGUUUAAGGGGGUAUUUGUUCUUGUUUAGGUGUAAAAAGUAGAAAAGAGCUUUACCUGUUGUUGAUGUUUUUUUAAUGUAGCCAUUAAAAAAGAAAAUAAUUUUUUAUCUAAAAGUGUGCUAGGAAAUAUAGCAGCUGAAACGUUUUACACAAAGCUUUACAGGGACAUAAUUUCCUCUUAUACAUUGAUAUAUUGAAUAGAACAAUUUACAUAAAUUCAUUUUGUUUUUACUUGAUGCGGUUGGGGGGGGGGGUGUCUUUUAAAUGAAGGUAAAUGUUAAGUACUAAUUGUGCUGUUAAAGUUGAUAGUGUUUGAAAAAUUUAUAUUGCUGUAAUUGAUUUAGUUAGACAGAUCAUGAUGAACAAAAUAUUUAAUAGGUGAUAAGUUGAAUUAAUUAAAUUUUUUUUUGUUAAAUACAAUCCAGUUGAACUUGUUGCUUGGACCUGGUUUCAUUGAGUGACUUAUUAAUUGAUCACAUUUCAGUGAAGUAUAGUAUAUACUACUCUUAAAUUUUAAAGUGGUGUGUUGGAAACAGCUAAUAAAAGCUUAUGCCACCAAAAAAUUUUAUCUUGAAAUCAGAAAUGAAGAAAUUAUCAGGCAUAAACUUCAGGGGACUUAAUUGAUAAAUGAAUAAGAGAUCAUUUUUGCUGUGCGUUGUGACAUUUAACAUACUUCCAUUUCUAUCAUUCCUCUUGUAAGAUUUUUUUGUAAUCUUUGAGUCGAGUAUCUAUCAUUCCUUCAUUCAUGAUUUUUAUCUUAUCUUAAUAUUGGGAAUGGAGUGGCAUUUGCAAUCUGUUGUAAGUAUAGUUUUAUCAGUGAGUGGCAUUUGCAAUCUGUUCUAAAUAUAGUUUUAUCGGUGAGUGGCAUUUGCAAUCUGUUCCAAGUAUAUUUUUUAUCAGUUUAUUUUAAAUAUUUUUAUUGAACCAUUUUUUAUGGCCAUAAGAUAUUCAGUAGUUGGAUUUUGAAUAAGUUAAAGAAUACUUUAUUUUAAUAAUCAAAUACUCUUUUCGCAAUAUUUCCUUGAGAGAAUUAUUAGUCUAUAAUUUAAUUUGAAAGCUAUUUUUGAGUGAGACCAUUUGUAUGGGCAUUUACAAAUCUUAAUGUUGCCAGUUAGGUCUGCAGUGCAGAAAGAAAAUAAGAUGAAUGUAAGUUAUUUUAUUCCUGAGAUAAUAUGAUCAUUGUCCGUAACACCUUCUGUGCUAUCAUUUGAGAUGUUCAAACUUUAAAAAAUAUCUAUACCUUAUCAUUGGUAAUUAAAUAAUUUGAAUUUUGAAAAUUCUAAUGUUAAGUUUAUUUAAAAUGUCACGAUGUAUAUAAUUUAUUUGUAAACUCCAGAAUUUUUAGUUUUGAAAUAGUGAAUAGUCAGGUGAAUGGUCCAUCGACUAUUACUAAACAUAUGAUUAAAAAUGUUUUAGCUAAAUCAUCUACUUUCAUCAUCUUGGUACUGUUUCAGUAAUGUCUGGUCGUCAUUCUGUUCGUACUGUAGAGAACACCUAGAACAACAUGGUCACUUCAAAUGCAUUAAGUGUGCUGGAAAAUAAAUGCGACUUUUAGUGAAAUCUCGCCUUUUAACAUUAGCAGAUUUGAGCAUAAAUAGGUUUUACUUUUCCCCUCCUGGGAUUAUUACAUAAAACCAUAUUAUGCAACUCUUCUUUGUCUCUACCACGUACUUGGAACUGUAAGCCUUUCAUAACCUUACAGACUUGUUUUAGAAAGACAUUUUCUGUUGAAAUUGAAAUCUUUUUUUCUAUCUAGUUUCACCUGUGAUCCAAAGAACCUGUGAACUUUUACACCACAGAAGUUCUCUUUGUUACUUCAUCUUCAUUGCAACUUGUAAAGCAAACAUCUACAUUUGUUAAAGAAUGAUAUAUGAUGCUGAGUCCAACAGUUUCUAAAUUCAAAAUCUUAUCCUGUGUUGUUUUUUUAAGAAAAAAAAUCCCAUUUUUUAAAGAAAAAAUUCCCACUGUCCUGAAUGUUGUUACUGAUUUAAUUUCAUAAUGGAAAGUUAAAAUAAGAUUAAUCAUAACCUUUGGUCAUCUAAAUCUUUUCCCCCCAUCUUUUUUUAAUUUUUUUUUUAUACUUGUAAUUAGUAUUGUCUAAAAUCAUAGAAGAGAAUUGUUCUGCAAAGUUUCUUUGUCUCGUAAGCCAAGCAUGUUUAUUAUCAGUAGUUCACAUAUUUAUACUUAAACAGUUAUUUAUUAUUUGGUGCUUUAUUUUGGAAUGCUCUUGUAUAUUAGAUUAUUUUUAACCAAUUGUAUACUCAAUCAAAUACAUCUUGAAUUAACAAA